AGUCGGAAGCGGGAUCACUGCGCCUGCGUUAUUCGCUUCGGCCCAAGAAAGGCGCGUGGAGGAGAGAAGCGGAGCUCUUGGGGCGCCUCCCGGAUCGGGACCUGGACGGAGGAAGGGGUGAGACUGAACUGAGUUGUCUUUGCUGUUUUGGGGACCAAAACCGAAGAACCAAACCCCAUAUCCUUCCAACAUUUGCAAGGCAUCGCGGUGGCAUCAAAGGCCUAACCCCGAUCAUCUCUUCUUUGGGGUGGAGUGGGAAACCUGCAGCCCUUGACGGCAGACCUUCUAAAGAGAUACUGAAGAGAGCAGAUGAUGAACAAGAGAAGAAUUACCCAGAGACACCUGGGGCAUCCUCAGCAGGAACUCAUGCCCAAGCAGCAAAAGAAAUUUGAAAAUCAGUGUGGGCAGGAAUGGACAUCACAUGAAAAAAAGCAGACAGGGGAGAAACCAUAUAAAUGCAUGGAAUGUGGGAAGGACUUCAUUUCUAACAGUCGUCUUAGUGAACAUCAAAGAACUCACACAGGGGAAAAACCAUAUCACUGUAUGGAAUGUGGGAAGAGCUUCAUUCGUAACAGCCACCUUAGUGAACAUAAAAAAAUUCACACAGGGGAAAAACCAUAUCAAUGUAUGGAAUGUGGGAAGAGCUUCAGUCGGAUUGAUUCUCUUAGUUUACAUCUAAGAACUCACACUGGGGAGAAACCAUAUCAAUGUAUGGAAUGUGGGAAGAGCUUCAGUCAGAGUGCUCACCUUAGGACACACCAAAGAACUCAUACAGGGGAGAAACCAUAUCCAUGUAUGGAAUGUGGGAGGAGCUUCAGUGACAAGAGAAACCUUUGUGUACAUCAACGAAUUCACGGAGUAGAGAAACCAUAUAAAUGCAUGGAAUGUGGAAAUAGCUUCAGGAACAGCCGUCAGCUCAGUUCACAUGAAAGAACUCAUGCAGGGGGAAAACCAUUUGCAUGUAUAGAAUGUGGAAAAAAAUUCAGUCGGAGUUAUUACCUUAGUUCACAUCAAAGAACUCACACUGGGGAGAAACCAUAUAAAUGCAUGGAAUGUGGGAAGAGCUUCAGGAACAGUAGUCACCUUAAGUCACAUCAAACAAUUCAUACUGGGGAAAAAAUGUAUCCAUGUAUGGAAUGUGGAAAGAGCUUUAGUCAGAGUGGUCAACUUAGGUCACAUCAAAGAAUCCACACUGGUGAGAAACCAUAUAAAUGUAUGGAAUGUGGAAAGAACUUCAGUCAAAGCAGUAGCCUCAACAUACAUCAAAGAACUCACACUGGGGAGAAACUGUAUUCAUGUAUGAAAUGUGGGAAGAGCUUUACUAAGAGUGGUCACCUUAGGUCACAUCAAAGAAUCCACACUGGGGAGAAACCAUAUAAAUGCGUGGAAUGUGGAAAGAGCUUCAGUCAUAGCAGUAGUCUCAAUAUGCAUAAAAGAACUCACACUGGGGAGAAACCAUUUAAAUGCAUGGAAUGUGGAAAGAGCUUCAGUCGAAACGAUAGCCUCAACAUACAUCAAAAGACUCACACUGGGGAGAAACCGUACCCAUGCAUGGAGUGUGGAAAGAGCUUCAAUAAGAGUGUUAGCCUUAGUACACAUAAGAGAACUCACACUGGGGAGAAACCAUAUAAAUGCAUGGAAUGUGGAAAGAGCUUCAGUCAGAGUGGUCACCUUAGGUUGCAUCAAAUAACUCACACUGGCGAGAAAUUAUACCCAUGUAUGGAAUGUGGAAAGAGCUUUAUUCACAGUGGUCACCUUAGGUCACAUCAAAGAACCCACACAGGGGAGAAACCAUAUAAAUGCGUGGAAUGUGGAAAGAGCUUCAGUCAUAGCAGUAGUCUCAAUAUGCAUAAAAGAACUCACACUGGGGAGAAACCAUAUAAAUGUAUAGAAUGUGAAAAAAGCUUUAGUCAGAGCGGUCAGCUCAGCUCACAUCAAAGAAUGCACACAGGGGGGAAAUCAUAUAAAUGCACGGAAUGUGGAAAAAGCUUCAGGGAGAAUAGUAAACUUAGUUCACAUAAAAGAACACACACAGGAGAGAAACCGUAUAUAUGUGUAGAAUGUGGAAAGACCUUCAAUCGGAGUGAUAGCCUUAGUUCACAUCAAAGAAUGCACACUGGGGAGAAACCACAUAAAUGCAUGGAAUGUGGAAAGAGCUUCAGUCAGAGUAAUAACCUCAGGUCACAUCAAAGAACCCAUACAGGAGAGAAACCAUAUAAAUGCAUGGAAUGUGGAAAGACAUUUAGUCAAAGUGGUAACCUUAGCUCACAUCAAAGAACCCACACAGGUGAGAAACCCCAUAAAUGCAUGUUAUGUGGAAAGUGCUUCAGUCAUACCAAUAGCCUUAGGUCCCAUCAAAUCAUACAUACUGGGGAGAAACCAUAGAAAUUUGUGGAGUGGAAAAAGAGCUUGAGGAGGAGCACAUCUUUUUUUUAUCUCAGCUAAUUUGCACUGGUAAGAAUCCACAUGGAUACAUGGAAUGUGGAAAGUCUGAAUUAGAGAGAUACCCUUAGUUCUCAUUAAAGAACCCAGACUGGGGAGUAACCAUAGAAAUACAUGGAAUGUGGGUUGAGCUUCAGUCAGAGAGAUGACCUUAGUUGUGUGAAGAAUGAAAAAAAUAUACAGUGGUGCCUCGCUUAACUAUGUUAAUUCGUUCCAAAAAUAUCAC